UUUCCCGGCGAAAUAAAAGCGCGCACCUGGACACGGUGCUUGGGUACGAGCGAAGAGUCAAGGCAGCCGCGCAACAGCCACCACCUCCAGACCACUCCCGCAACAAUGAUCGCCAACAACAUCUCUGUUUUCUGCAUGUCUUCACUUCUGCUUUUAAACUUGGUCGGUGCCAAACCAGUCACCAGUUUACAGCAAAGUCUUAAGCAGUUGUUAGACGAAGAGGCGAACACGCCGUUUGCGGAGUCGGAGGAGUCGGCGAUGGAGCAGAAAGAUGCGAGAUCCGAGAAGAGCGCGCUGGACGAGCAGAUGUGGGAUUCAGACGCGCGCAACUCAGCGCUGGCGGGAAAAGAUGGCGCCAUCGAGCGCCUUCUGGGCGACUUGCUGUCCACUUCCAAGCGCACCUGGAGUCGAUUCAAGAAAGGCGGGCUAAGGAGCUGCUUUGGGGUCAGACUCGAGAGAAUCGGGUCUUUUAGCGGACUCGGGUGUUAGGAGGAGGUAUGUUAGGAGAUGUCAGGUCAUCUCGGCCAGAUAUAAACAUGGAAAAUUGUUCAAAAGCGUAUUAGAAAUAAAACGAGUCAUGUCUUGUUACUUCAUGUCAUGUCACUUCUUGAAGGUUGGGACUUUGAAAUACUUGACACGCUUUGGCAGGCGCAUCUUCGAUUAGAAAUAAUUAAAAAAAAAAAAGAAGAAAAUAAUUGUUUAAAAAGUUUACCGUAGAUUUGUGUUCAGGUGAUGUUGUAUGUGUUGGUCAUUAUUUAUUUAAGAUUUAGACAUGUAAAUAGUUUUGUUUUUGAAGUUUCCAUGACUGCUGCUUUGUACUGUUGCAUCUAUUUAUUUAUUUGUGUAUUUAUUUAUGUCCUCUAUAAAUCCAGUCGUGUUAUAGAUAAUGUAUAUUGCUGCAAAAUAAAUA